GGCAUUGGGACUUAGUGGCUGUGGGCAAGUGAUUGUUCUCCUGGAUGCUCGUGUCAGAUCAGUGGAAAACUGAUUUUUUUUUUUUUUUUUUACACCUCGUUGUCCAGGAAGAGGCGGCUUGAGAGGAGCGAGGCUUUGUGCACUAGCACCCAGACGGGUUUGAAGUCUGCGACGAUCCCGUGUGACAGGUUGCGCGUCUAGAGAGGACAGCCAUGUCUAUGGAUCCAGCUGUCCAACAGAGUCAGGCUGCGGUGGCUGGGCAGGGAGCCCAGGCACAGGUUGCAGUAGGAGCAAAGACAUCGACUGACUGUAAAGAGGGUUGUAUGGCCUUUAACGACGUGGCUAUCUACUUCUUGAGGGAGGAAUGGACACUGCUUGAUGACUCUCAGAGGCGUCUCUACCACCAUGUGAUGAUGGAGGUCUUUGUUCUCAUGUCCUCAUUGGGACUCAUACCUUCUGGGACCCGUAACAUCACUCAGCUGGAGUCUUCAGAUCCCUUCAUUCCUGCACUGAGAUUCCUGACUCCAAGUAUGUGGAUGGUAUUUGGGAGGGUGGAGGUUGCUGAUGUAUGCACUCUGGAUGGGUUUAUAUGA